AUGCCCCUCCGAAUCGCCGCCUGCCAUGUCUCCCCCGUCUUCCUCUCCGCCCGCGACUCCACCACCAAGGCCAUCUCCCUCAUGAAACAAGCCGCCCGACAAAAUGCAAAUCUGAUCGUAUUCCCGGAGACCUACAUCUCCGCAUUUCCCAUCUGGAGCGCCCUCCGGCCCCCAACCGACAACCACGCCUUCUUCGAGCGCAUGGCCCAAGAAUCCGUAUACGCCGACGGCGACGAGAUCCAGACCCUCCGCGCCACAGCCCGCACCCUCAACCUGAUGGUCAGCAUCGGCGUCUCCGAAAAAGUCCGACACAGCAGCGCCACCCUCUUCAAUGCCAACCUCCUCAUCAGCCCCACGGGCGACGUGCUGAUCCACCACCGCAAACUCGUCCCCACAUUCUUCGAGAAAUUGACCUGGGCGCCGGGGGACGGUCACGGCCUGCGCGUCGCGGACACGCCGUUCGGGAAGAUCGGGAAUCUCAUCUGCGGCGAGAACACGAACCCGCUCGCCAGGUAUGCGCUGAUGGCGCAGGGCGAGCAGAUCCAUCUCUCGACGUGGCCGGCGAUCUGGCCGACGCGGGUCGCGGGUCCGUCUGUCGAGGAGGCCGACAAGGGGGGCAAGGUGGAUGAAAAGCCCAACUACGAUAAUGUCGCCGCGAACCGGACGCGUGCGGCGGCGCACUGCUUCGAGGCGAAGUGUUUCGGGGUCCUGUGUGCGGGCGUUCUAGGCGCGGAUGCGAUCGAGGCCAUUGCGGAGGGCUCGGCGCAUCUGAAACAAGUCAUGGAGCGGGCUCAGCGCGGAGCGACCAUGUUCUUGGAUCCGACGGGGGCGCCGCUGCGGGGGUUUACGGUGGACGAGGCUGGGGAGCAUCGAUCGGUGGAGUACCUGCAGGCGAGUGAGGGGAUUCUGUAUGCGGAUGUUGACGUGAAGGAUUGUGUGGAGGGGAAGCAGUAUCAUGAUGUCGUGGGUGGGUAUCAACGCAUGGAUGUCUUUGAUUUGAAGGUCGAUCGGACACGGCGGGAUCCUGUGACUUUCACGGAGAUUGCGGGACAGGCUCAGGUGGUUAGUGGGGAGGCUGAUAAGUAG